AUGUUCUUGAGGAAGACGUCGCCGACCUUGAAGGCCGUUCGUCAAUCUGAAAGACGGAAACCUGAAAUCGAAGACACUUGCCAGCCAUUCGUUGUCCAGAUAAAACGGACCGACUCUGCCCACAGCGAUGCCCGACAUGUACUCCGUCGCGCUUCAGCUGCCGAUUCACCCUUUGAGGAGCCGUUGAUAGCUCCAGAGUGUUCAGAAACCUCGUCUGCUAUGAUCACCCCGGCGGUCCAGCGCCAGGCUCAACAAGGCAGCAGUAUCCCUUCCGUCGACCUUGUCGCUGAAUCGUCCCCCAGAUCCAACAAGGAAGUUGGAGUUGCUUCCUGGAGCACUUACAUCGAGCCUGCUACUAGCGCAUUUGUUGUGCAUGACGCCUCUUGUGUCCCCCUGCCAGAGUCGCCUCUAAUCGAAGGAUGA